GUCACUGCCUUCAACCCUCUUUGCAUGAUCAUCGUUGCAGCUCUUGGUUACGCUGUUCUCGGCGAGCAAAUCCACCUCGGAAGCAUCAUAGGAGGAAUCGUUAUCGCUAUCGGCCUUUAUUGUGUCGUGUGGGGUAAAAGCAAGGAUUAUUCAUCACCAUCUGCACCUGCAAAAGAUGAUUGUAACCAGCAACAGCUACCGAUUUCUGAAAAACAUUGUGGUGAUGCCACUAAGCUUGCCAUUGCCAGAAUUGACACUGCUCAGCAGAAUGGAAAGUAAAAGAUCGCAUUUCUUGCAGUUUCAAAAUGGACUAAAU